AGGUCCCGCCCACUUCCAGCUUUCCUCAUUUCCAGCUCCUGUCAGCGGAUCGUACAUGGUGAAGUGAACUUGAGCGAAAGCAGAUAAAAGCGAAAGGAUGGCCGCUAGGAUUAUGCAAGUGGCUAAAUGCCCGACUGAUGAACUUUCACUGACAAACUGUGCGGUCAUCAAUGAAAAGGAGCAGUUAGACCAACAUGUGAAUGUUCGUAAUGGUGCCUGCAGUUUUGUGUUCAGCUUGAGGAAACAUCCGGGUGUGCCUCCUGGGUCUAUUGGCUUCAGUUUGCCUCAGAGAAAAUGGGCAGGACUCUCAAUUGGACAAGAGGUAGAAGUGUCAAACUACCGGUUUGACAAGUCCAAACAGUGUAUCAGCUCAAUGACAAUGGAAAUCGACUUCCUACAAAAGAAGAACGUUGACAGUAAUCCCUACGACACUGACAAAAUGAACGCUGAAUUUGUACAACAUUUCAACAACCAGGCCUUCAGCGUUGGCCAGCAGUUGGUGUUUAAUUAUUGUGACAAGCUGUUUAACCUAAAUAUUAAAGAUAUGGAGGCUAUGGACCCUAGCAUCCUCAAAGGCAAAAAAGGUUCGGGAGACAAGCAGAAGAUCGACAUUGGUUUGUUGAUUGGAAACAGCCAGGUGAUAUUUGAGAAGUCAGAAACCUCUUCAGUAACACUAACUGGUAGAUCAAGAACACGCGAGUCUCGACAGUCUAUCAUCAGCCCAGACUGGAACUUUGAGGAGAUGGGAAUCGGGGGUCUGGACAAAGAAUUUUCAGAUAUAUUUCGUCGAGCAUUUGCCUCCCGUGUGUUUCCCCCGGAAAUCGUAGAACAAAUGGGUGGCAAACAUGUAAAGGGCAUCCUGCUGUAUGGACCCCCUGGCUGUGGUAAAACUCUGAUGGCGCGGCAGAUCGGCAAAAUGCUAAAAGCUCGAGAGCCCAAGAUUGUCAACGGCCCCGAAAUCCUCAACAAGUACGUGGGCGAGUCCGAGGCCAACAUUCGCAAACUGUUCGCAGAUGCAGAAGACGAGCAGAAAAGACUUGGUGCUAACAGCGGUCUCCAUAUUAUAAUAUUUGAUGAGAUAGAUGCCAUCUGUAAGCAGCGAGGCAGCAUGGCGGGCAGCACAGGGGUCCACGACACUGUGGUCAACCAGCUGCUGUCCAAGAUUGAUGGAGUGGAACAGCUCAAUAAUAUCCUUGUCAUAGGAAUGACCAACAGGCCUGACCUUAUAGAUGAGGCCCUGCUCCGUCCCGGGAGGCUGGAGGUGAAGAUGGAGAUAGGAUUACCUGAUGAGAAUGGCCGUGUUCAGAUCCUUAACAUCCACACUGCAAAGAUGCGGCAGCACAAACUGUUGGGAGCUGAUGUGGACAUUCAGGAGUUGGCCAUAGAAACCAAAAACUUCAGUGGUGCAGAGUUAGAGGGUUUGGUGAGAGCUGCUCAGUCCACUGCCAUGAACAAGCACAUCAAGGCCAGCAGCACAGUGGAGGUGGACACAGACACUGCAGAGAAACUACAGGUCUCCAGAAUGGACUUUAUGGGCUCACUAAACAAUGAUAUCAAACCUGCAUUUGGUACCAACCAAGAGGACUAUGCGAGCUACAUCAUGAAUGGGAUUGUUGUGUGGGGAGACCUUGUGUCUGCGGUCUUAAAGAAGGGCAAGCUUCUGGUGAAGCAGACACAAAACAACCAGCGCACUCCUCUGGUCUCUGUGCUGCUGGAAGGCUCACCUAACAGUGGUAAAACCGCCCUGGCAGCUAAAAUAUCAGAAGAGUCAGAGUUCCCCUUUAUAAAGAUCUGUGCUCCAGACAAGAUGAUUGGACACUCUGAGAUUGCAAAAUGCCAGGCCAUCAAAAAGAUCUUUGACGAUGCCUACAAAUCCCAGCUGAGCUGUGUAGUUGUGGAUGAUAUUGAACGUUUGCUGGACUACGUACCCAUUGGCCCCCGUUUUUCAAACUUGGUGCUUCAAGCAUUACUGGUCCUACUGAAGAAACCCCCACCAAAGGGUCGUAAGCUGCUGAUAAUCGGGACUACAAGUUGUAAAGAUGUACUUCAGGAAAUGGGAAUGUUGGAUGUGUUCAGUACAACCAUCCACAUUCCCAACAUCUCCAGAGGGGAGGAGCUCGUCAAGGCACUAGAGGAGCUUGGCAGUUUCAGUGUCCAAGAGUGUGCCAGCAUAGCAAAAGCAUUAAAGGGUAAACCUCUGUCGAUUGGAAUAAAAAAUUUGCUCAUGCUCACAGAAAUGGCUGCACAGAUGGAUCCUGAGUACAGAGUCACUAAGUUUUUAAGUCUACUAGAUGAAGAACGAAGAGUUGGCUCAAAUAUGUUUUAGACGAAGGGGAGCCACGCCAUGAAAAAUAUUAAUUAUUUUAAUGUAUCUGAGGGUCCAAAAGAAGCUGAGGAAGAUGGGGAAAAAAAACAAGGUGGCAAUGGUCUCAUGUCCAGUUCUGUUUCCAGGCAGCCUCCACUCUAUGAAGAUCUUAGGAUAAUGUCCAUUUGAAAAAAAAAAAUGUUUUGAAUUGAUUAAUGAAUUAUGGGUAAAUAUAUAUUUUUUCUUUUUUAUAUAUAUCUAAAACAAUAAAUUGCUUAUUUUAGU